CGCGAGCCGCGCGACUCCGUAAUUAUCUCGCAGCCAAUGAGAUUUCGGGUGCGGCUGUUCGUUUGAGGCUGCCAAAUAAACACAAGUUACAACAAUGUUAUCAAGCUUGUGAGACAGAAGAUACCUCAUCUCCGCAAAUAGGUUAGGUUAGGUUAUAUACAUAUACCGGACAAGUGUGUCCGGUGAAUGUAAAAUUCUGCAGCUGAUUGGGAGAGAUGAAUAAAAAUACUCGUGAAACAACGCCAGGCGACGGCUUGCGAUCAUUGCGGAGCACCACGCUAUUCCGUGCCGUUAACUUCGAGUUGUAUGCCAAACCGAACAAAGCUGUUAUGAUUUGCGGUGUUGUGGCAAUGUUGGCUUGUUCAGGAUACAUCUUUUAUAUGAAUUCUAAUCACAAGAGGAAUCAAACUGUGAUUAAAUCAGACGAUACUGUGGUGCUAAUAGACAAAACAUCCAAAUGGAACGAUUAAGUCAAAGCUUCAACUCCAAUGAGUUGUGUCUUAACAAUACAUGUUUACAUAAAUCUCAAAAAUUUUCGUGUGAAAUAGCUUCCAUCUAUAUUUUAAUAAAGCAACUAUUAAUUUGACACUGUUGAUCAAAACUCGUACAGAUUUGUGACACACAAAUGUUACGAAAUCUCAAAACUUGUCGCAAAAGUAAAUCUGUAUUAAUUUUUCUUAUUAAUAAAUUGUUUCAAGUGAUA